ACAUUGGUGUCUUUUGUAUAGGAUUUCACUAUUUGUUAUGACGAAGUUCAUUUUUCUUUGAUUUUCAAGGAAAAUGGACUUCCUAAAGAAGGAAAUCGAACGUAAAAAGCGACAAGUAGAAUCAAGUGAUAUUCUGGCCCCCAAUAAAAAAUACUUCAAGCGUGGCGAUCUAGCAGCUAAACAGCGAGAAGAUUACAUCAAAAGGCAUCACGGGGAGGACUCGUCAUCCUCAGAUAAGCAGGACAGAAGCUGUGACAGUCCAACACCGGGGACGAGUGCAGAAAAAGAUGAAAAGAAGUUGAUGCUUCCAAGAAAGGAGGUGGUCCGUCGCUUACGAGAACGGAAUGAGCCGAUACUUUUGUUUGGUGAAGAUGAAUAUGAGGCAUUUCAGAGGUUGAAGAAACUGGAGAUACUGACACCAGAGGUUAACAAGGGAUUCCGAAAUGAGCUAAAGGCGGCUAUGGACCAGGUUGAUCAGGAAUACCUAGAUGAGAUCGCCAAAUCCGUCGGUGAAGAUAAGGACAAGAUGGCAACUGAUGUCAAGAUUAAAGAAGAUAAUGUGACUGCGACAGAUUUAGAGUUGUGGAAUGAAGAACUGGAUCACAAUGAUGAAGGCAAAGCUCAAGAAAUAAUCCUUUAUUUUUUGAAGCAUAUUCUACAUCAGUGGGGAAAAGAUCUGAACAGCCGGGAAAGCGAAGAGAAGAGAACCACAAGAGGGAAGUUGGCAAGUGCCACUCACACGCAGACUGUAUCCUAUAUGAAACCUUUAUUCAGACAGUUAAAACAAAAGAAACUUUCAUCAGAUAUUCUCGACUGUCUGAUUGACAUCAUAGGGCAUCUCCUAGUGAGGAAUUACAUCAAGGCCAAUGAUUGUUAUCUGGAGAUGGCUAUAGGUAAUGCACCAUGGCCAAUAGGUGUCACCAUGGUUGGUAUCCACGCUCGUACAGGACGUGAGAAGAUCUUCGCGAGAAAUGUGGCACACGUUUUGAACGACGAAACACAGAGAAAGUAUAUUCAGGGGUUAAAACGGUUAAUGACACAUUGUCAGAAGUACUAUCCAACUGAUCCAUCAAGAAGCGUUGACUAUGACCCAAAACAUGUAUGAGGGGCGAUUGGUGCUACGGUUGGAUUAAAUAACGAUGAAACGUUUCCAAAAAUGGUGGAAAGAUGUCUCCAGCGAAUGUUUUGGAAAAUGUCUACAGCUGAAUUGUUGACCGCUGUUAGAAUCUCAGGAAGAUAUGACAAUUCAGUGCGUCUGGGAGAGAAUUCUGGUUCGUACCAAUUCGCACGACCACAGUCAUCAUGCCAACCUUCAUAAAGGGUGAUCAUGAACUUUAAUAUUCUAUGCGAACUGCUCCAACUCAUGUUUCAUUUCACUGGCCUUUGCCACAUCAGGAGCUUUCAACUUGUGUAUUUUAAUGUAAAUAAAACCAAUCAUAUCGUAA